AGGGGACCAGAGCGUGCCAUUCCGAGCGCGGCAGUGCGGCGAGAUCCCACCCCGGCGUCUGCAGAGCCCGAGGCGCAACUGGUGCGAGGGCUGGGUCCUCGCCUCCCCGUCAGCCCCAGCUCGCGGCCGCCGGGGCUCGGGCCGCGCGCCCGCCGAGUGGCUUUUGCAAGGCGGGGGCUUGUUUGCAGAGAGCUGGGAAUUUGCAUGAAGCGCCUCGACCCCACGGAGCAGCGGCAGCAGCGGCGGACCCCGGCGGCGGCGGCGGCGGCGGCGCGCGGUCCCAGCCCGGUGGCCCCGGUGUCCCGGCCCCGGUGGAUGCACGGCUGGGGAGGAGCCCAUGGGCCGGAGCUGAGGCUGUCCGGGGAGGGGGGGCGCAGGGCAGGGGGCGCGGUCGAGGCCCGGAGGCGGCGGCGCAGGAGGAAGCGGAGGAGGUCGGGCGCUCGGGCCUCAGCCCCGGGCUCGCCAUGCUCCUGGCCUCGGCGGUGGUGGUCUGGGAAUGGCUGAACGAGCACGGCCGCUGGCGUCCCUACAGCCCGGCGGUGAGCCACCACAUUGAGGCGGUGGUCCGCGCCGGCCCCCGCGCGGGGGGCAGCGUGGUGCUGGGCCAGGUGGACAGCCGUCUCGCGCCCUACAUCAUCGACCUGCAGUCCAUGAACCAGUUCCGCCAAGACACGGGAACUCUCCGCCCAGUUCGCCGCAACUACUAUGACCCCUCCUCAGCCCCUGGGAAGGGCGUGGUGUGGGAGUGGGAGAACGACAAUGGCUCCUGGACGCCCUACGACAUGGAAGUGGGCAUCACCAUCCAGCAUGCCUAUGAGAAGCAGCACCCCUGGAUCGACCUCACUUCCAUUGGCUUUAGCUACGUCAUUGACUUCAACACCAUGGGCCAGAUCAACCGUCAGACCCAGCGCCAACGCCGCGUCCGCCGGCGCCUCGACCUCAUCUACCCCAUGGUCACGGGGACCUUGCCUAAGGCUCAGUCCUGGCCAGUCAGCUCUGGGCCAGCCACCUCGCCCCCCAUGUCCCCCUGCUCCUGUCCCCAGUGUGUCUUGGUGAUGAGUGUUAAGGCAGCCGUGGUCAAUGGCAGCACUGGGCCCCUACAGCCACCAGUGACCCGCAAGAACUUGCCCCCUCCCGGAGUGGUCAAGCUGCCCCCACCACCAGGCUCUGGGGCCAAGCCACUGGACACCACAGGCACCAUUCGAGGCCCGGUGAAGACCGCCCCAUCACAGGUGAUCCGGAGACAAGCAUCCAGCGUGCCCACUGGGACAACCGUGGGCUCUCCUGCCAGCCCCCCAGGACCCAACGGCAAGACCGGAAGGGUGGCCCUGGCCACCUUGAAUCGUAGCAACCUGCAGCGACUGGCCAUUGCCCAGUCCCGGGUGCUGAUCGCCUCUGGGGUCCCCACAGUCCCAGUGAAGAACCUAAAUGGGUCCAGCCCUGUCAACCCUGCCUUGGCAGGAAUCACUGGGAUCCUCAUGAGUGCAGCGGGGCUGCCUGUGUGUCUCACCAGGCCACCAAAGCUGGUCCUACACCCACCCCCCGUCAGCAAGAGUGAAAUAAAAUCCAUCCCAGGGGUUUCCAACACAAGCCGCAAGACCACCAAAAAACAAGCCAAGAAAGGUAAAACCCCAGAGGAAGUGCUAAAAAAAUAUCUGCAGAAAGUCCGGCACCCACCAGAUGAGGACUGCACCAUCUGUAUGGAACGCCUCACGGCCCCCUCAGGUUACAAGGGCCCGCAGCCUACGGUAAAACCUGACCUGGUAGGGAAGCUGUCCAGAUGCGGCCACAUCUACCACAUCUACUGCUUGGUUGCCAUGUACAACAAUGGAAACAAGGAUGGGAGUUUGCAGUGUCCAACCUGCAAGACCAUUUAUGGGGUGAAGACAGGCACCCAACCUCCGGGGAAGAUGGAGUACCACCUCAUCCCCCACUCCUUGCCUGGCCACCCAGACUGCAAAACCAUCCGGAUCAUCUACAGCAUCCCCCCUGGCAUUCAGGGACCAGAACACCCGAAUCCUGGGAAGAGUUUCAGCGCCCGAGGCUUCCCACGACAUUGUUACCUUCCGGACAGCGAGAAAGGGAGAAAAGUUCUGAAGCUGCUGCUCGUGGCCUGGGAUCGCCGCCUCAUUUUUGCCAUUGGCACCUCCAGCACCACGGGGGAGUCAGAUACCGUCAUCUGGAAUGAGGUCCACCACAAGACAGAGUUUGGCUCUAAUCUCACUGGCCAUGGCUACCCAGAUGCCAAUUACCUGGAUAAUGUGCUGGCUGAACUGGCUGCCCAGGGCAUCUCUGAGGACAGCACUGCCCAGGAGAAGGACUGAGGCCAGAAAAGCUUUGAGGUGGGAGGGGCCGUGGGGACUGCAGGACAGGAAGUGAGGAGAGUGAGUCAAUGUAGAAGAAGUUGGUGUCCUGCCCUCCCAACUUUCUAUCCUCCCCUCCUGCCCUGUGUCCACCCCUCAUCCCUCCCAACCACAGCGGGAGCCAAACUGAAUAUAGCGACAUCAUUCAUAAACCUUAUCCAACACAAAGGGAGAGGGGAUGAGGGCCACCCUGGGUCUGUUCCCAUGGAGUUUUUGGUGCUGGGUAGGCAAGAAUCCCCUCCCUACCCCACCUCCCAAGUAGGGGCAUGGUCCACACACCUGGGGUAUGGGCAGUGCCUGGGCACUCCAUACCCUGGCUUUGGGAAGCCAGGGUUUCUUGCCUCAGCCGGCUUCUUGCUACUUCCACUCUGCUUUGAGAGUGGAGUUUCUGCUAUUCUCCCUCUGCUGGAGCCAGGGAGCUCUCACUGUGCAAGGUUGGGGGGGCAAGGGGGUGAACCACUAAACUGCUGUGACAUCAGAAACGGAUGCCUUGGUGUAGAGCGAGGAAGCAUUCCUUCUCAAGAGGGUCAGAGAAGGAAACGCCUCUGGGAGCACAUUCCGCUCUCAUCACAGUCCUUGGCUUCUCUGGGCCCUCCUCUCCUCCUCACAGCUCUGACCUGUCCAAAGAGGCAUCUGGUUCUCUCAUGUGGAUGGAUGGACUCUGGAGUUCCUCUUUGGGGUGGCAUCCCAUGAUGCUGUUUCUAGCCCCUCUCUGAUCAAACCAGAGCCUGCAUCCCACUGAGCAUCUGAACUGUCCUCAGGGAGAGGAGCCCACAGCCUUCUUCCCAACUCAUUCUAGACCAGCUCAAAGAUUCCAUGAGUUUCAUCAAGUCACUGUGAGUGGAGCCCAUGCUGGGCUCUGUGCCCUCUGUGUCUGUGCAUGCGUGUGUGUGUGGGGUGGGGGAGGGGGCGUGUGUGCAUCGCUGGGCCAGCUUGAUGGGAAGGCCCGUCAUGUCCCUGCACUCUGUUUUGCAAGAUGCCAAACCCCAGUUCUGAUGGGGCUCCAACAGCCAGGCUGUGGUCCUUUGAUGUUCCUCACCUGUUGCCAACCUAUCCCACAGAGAACUGAAACCCCAGUGGAGACAGAACUGUGCCUGGGGAGAUGCAAUGAGGUGAGGGUUGGACUCAUCCUUUUAUAUUUCUUUUCGAGAUUGUAGCAGAGCUCAUCUCCAUCCAGUCUUGUUUCUAUGAAGGCUUCAAUCUGUUUCCAUGCAAAUUUGCUCAUCAGAGCCCAGAGCUGCUGGGUCCCUCAUCUCCUUCAUCUAUUAUAGAUUGACUUAGAGCAGGGAGAGAACCUCUUUAGCUCAUUCCUAAUGGGGUUGGGACCACGGUAUGGUCUGGUCCAAUCUGCAUCUUGGUUGUGUCCCAAGACCCUGUCUCCUCCCCAACAUUCUUAUUGCCUUUGGCUCCCAGUAAGGAAUGAAUUGGGGGCCAGGGAGGAGAAAAGGGGGGAUCAAGAAGGGAAACCGAAUUCCCCCUUUGAAAGUGGGUUCUUUGAACUAUGUGUUUGGGGGAAGUUCCUCUGGAUACUAAUUUGUAUUUAUAUACCUCAUGUUUUGGGGGUUUGACGUAUAUAUAUAUGCAUAUAUAUUUCAUAAUAUUUGGAAGGUUUUUGAUGCUAGAAAAAUGGAAACAAGAAAACCUUCAAAAAUGGUACUUUGAUGGGAACCGGAGGCCAGGCUUUCAUAAAAGCCAGCCCCAUAGCUGCUUGCUGUUAGGCCUCCAGCCAUUUUGACGUGGGUGUGGAUAGUCGAUUCACCUGCCUGUCACCCAGUUCUGUGGAUGUGCUGGUGCUGAGCCUUUGCUCUCUUUCCAAAUGGCUACAGGGAUGUUGAUCAGCUCCACCAGAGGGAGCUCUGAUGGGAGGAAUUGUUCUGCCAUCCUUGUCCCCGUGUCUCCUGUCAGCAGGCAGCCAUUAUAUCUCACCAGCAGACCAGCAGACUGGUCCCGAGCUUACUGCACCACAGGGCAAUUUCCUGCCAGAGUCAGGAAGGAAACCCCUGAACUAAAUGGAAGAGACAUCCCUGCGGUGUUUAAUGUCACACCCAUGCCCUUUGUCGAGUUACCAUGUGCCAGAGGUUACUUGGAGAGCCUCAUGCUGUCUCUGCCUUCAGCACACUGGUCAAGUAUCUGCUGAGCUUCUUGGCUGCAAGGGUGCAGAAAUAGGCUGAGGGUUCUUGGGAAGAAAGACAUGAUGAAGCAGUAGGAGGUGGGGAAGAAAAGAAGACAGACUUUCACAAUGGAAUUAGGCAGUGGGGAGAGAUCCGUUUUCCCACAUCAGGGAGGAGAAGGUAUAGGUGGGGAAGGGGGUGGCCAGGAGGAGAAGGAAGAGGACUCAAGAUGGAAAGGGAGCCGCUGUGCAUGUGGCAAUACCACUUGGAGAGGUCGUCUUCAUACCUUCAAGCCUUUUCCCCUGGGCUUUUGAUUAUGUCUGUGCCCAAUUUCUUGUCCUCUCUGCAGAUGCCCAGUAGGGGCUACCUCAUUCUCGUUCUUUUCUUGCGUGGCUUUCUGGGCAGUAGGGAUCUUGAAUUUCCUUUCUAACACUGUGCCAGGCAAGGCAGGGAGCAUUCCUCUGCCCUUUCUCUUGUGCCAACCUGGUAAGGUGCGGUCUAGAUUUCAGCGAGAACCCUGCCAGCCGAGCCCUGUGCAUCCACUACCUUAACACAAAGUGUUUUCCCACCAGAAGCCCUGCUGUGCUCUCCUGGCCCAAGUAGGGGAUUCCAUGCCUUCCCUUUCAUGCUCUUAGCGCCAGCAGCCUAGUUUCUCCCUUCCAGAGUCUCCUGGGAUGACAAAUUGGAUUGGAGACAAACCUCAUCGGAUGCUCAUCCCCUAAAAGGUUAAGUGUGUAUUUGUGGCUGCGUGUGCCUUUGUGUUUUCAUUCUCUUUCCAUUUUUGUAAAAUUGGGUCGUCUCUAUGGUCUUAUACUUGGUCAAAAGUACUCAUCUUAGUAUUGUACUGUUGUAUGCAUGAGAAAACUGGGGGAAGGCUCAUGUGGUACAAGAAAGGACGCCUGACCCAUUUCCUUCUCUGUGGUCCCCGGCAUUAGAUUGGGGGUUCUGGGAGAGGCAGGUGAAUGUCCUAAGUGAAUUGUUCUGUUUGUAACUGGAGUGUUUUUGAAGUCUUUGGUGUUGCUCUGUGAGAGGACAUCGCCACCUGGUGCUCAUGAGGUGUCUGUGCAGAACAAUAAAUGGCAAAUGAACAACCACAAAAUUGUUGCUGUUGUUGGCCUUCUGCUUUUUGUAGAUUAGUGCACCUAUCUGUGAGGGAUUUGGGUUCCCUCCCUGAGUCUGUAAGCAACCACAAGCCCUUCCACUGGAUGGGGGAAGCCCCUCCCCCACCACUUAAAAACAAAUUUUCCACAUAUUACCCACCCACACAUUUGACCUGGCUAGACUCUUCGUGAGACUAAAGGAACAGAUCACAUGGCCGGGAAAAUGAGUAAGUGAACGUGUGGGAGAAAAAAAACACUUUUGAAAUCACGAAUAUUCACUUUUAAAGGUCCCUUUGCCUGACUACAAUAUAGUAUGUGUUUAAAUGGUUUACAGGCUGUUGUUUCUCAAAUAAAUGUUUGAUAUUAAUCAUCCCCAAACUGACAAGAACACAAAAAUAAAAUGCAAAUGCAGAGCCACCUUCGUCACCCAAAUCUGUGUCUAUUUCUGAUAGUCCAUGGGAUGAGGUUUUCUUGAAAGCCAGGGUUGGUCUCCCCACAGACCCCAGCCUAAGACCACCAGUUAGGAACCCAGGACUUGGAAGGCAGAGCCUGUGAGCUCUUCCAUCUGGGAUCUGACUCUGCAAAAUGAUUUGAUGAAUGCAACCGGCAAACUCCCAUGUUCUAACUUCACAUGCAUGAGCUGUUGGACAGAGAGUUCCUUAGUACAUAUUUUAAUGUAUUUUAUGUGCAAUCUUGUUGGUAGGAAUACAGGUUUGUAAGGAACUUUUCAUUUCAAUACACGGUUAGCGCAUUAAAAGCCUGGGAAUUUGGGGCUAUAUUUUUCCUUUCUGACUCAAUAAUCUUCAAAGAAUUCAUAGGAAGUCAGUAUUUGCAGACAAGUGGUUAACUUGGCUAAAAUGUACAAAACACCCAGAACCCACAAAACACUCAGAGGUUUAGGAGAAUGUUUUAAUGCUUAAGAGGCAGGAUUAAGUGAAGACAUUAAAGAAAUCAGUGUCCCUGGCUGGGCAGUCAAGAGAGCAGGGCUCAAAUUCUGUGACUCACUUCUCUGUAUCUCAGUUGGAAAUGAAUGGGGAUCCUGGUUCCCACCUUCCCACACGCUGUGAUGCUUCAAACUCCUUGGUGAAGGGCCUCUUCUCAGCCCAAGAUUUUGAUUGUGAACAUUAACAAAGAGAACAGUCAUCCUCCACAGAAGAUAACUCAUUAAUGACAUUUGAUUCAGUGAAUAAAUGUAUUAUUUUAAAAAAUAUUGUAGGGGACCAUGAAAGUAGUGGAGGUAAUUGCAAUCAGGAGAGAUUGGUAUUAAAAUUGAGCAAAGUCCCAACUAUUGCCAGAUGACAAUUAUGCAUCCUGCUAGAUGCCCCAGGGCUCUCAGCCUGGAACUGAAAUAAAUGGGUUACAAGUGGUGCUGGAUGCCUUUUUCAGUUCAUUUGAAAACAUGGAUUUGAUCAUGUCAGCUCCCUU